AUGUGUCCCACCACACCUGCCAUGCUUAAUGCCCGACGGGAAAAGGAUUGUGUCGGUAUCACGCAUGAGCGCAAGUACUACAGCCUCAACGGCUCGUUUGUCAAGCGCAGCCUUCGUCCGUCUGAGUGGCAGCACAACCCGUUCGCCGGCACGCUGAGCAUACCUCGCUUUGGCAAUGAGCGCCUCUUGAAUGAGGCCGCUGCGUUGCGAUUCAUUGCUGAUAAUACGGAUAUCCCCGUGCCAAAGCUCUAUGGCUGCUUUGAGGAUGACAAUGCAAUUUACUUGGUCACCGAGCUUAUCGAUGGCGUGAAAAUGGCUGAUCUCGAACCAGAGCAACGCAAAUCGGUUGAACCAGAGCUGGAGGGCUAUGUAAAUGUUCUGAGAGGUUUGAAGUCCAGCGUAUGGGGAGGACCCUCGGGAAUCGUAAGCUCUCGCGUCUCCCCUUUCCAAUUCCUCGUGUUAACAUUUUCCAUGCAGGUUAUCCCCCCCUACCGGAUCAUGGUAGAAUCGCACCGUAUAACCUGGAAGAUGAAGCCGAGGGAGUCUAGUGAUCUUGUCUUCUGCCAUAACGACUUCUCCGCGCAUAAUGUCAUUGUCGACCCAGUGAGCCUCAAAGUAAAGGCUGUCCUCGAUUGGGAAUACGCUGGGUUUUAUCCACAGGAAUUUGAGUCUGAGUUUUUCCGACGCCCUGGGCCGUCAGUUGCGCUCGAUGGGGAAAGAAAUGACGUGACACAACUUUUGGAAAUCAUGUAUCAGAAUGAGGAGUAG